UCCUUACCCAUUGUACCAUUAGGUAUUCCGCGACAUCCACUUCAUUGCCUCACCACGAUGCAAAAUUUGUUACACCUAUAUAAAAGAGGGGGUCCAUUAUUCUAACGCCCGCAUUAUAAUAUCAAAAGCGGCCAGGACAGGGGGCCUUCAAAAUGAUCCGAACGGUAUUACUCAUAUCGUCGUUGUGUGGAUUGGUGAGAAGCUCGGGGGUGCAUGGCGAUGGGCUAGCACAUUUAGCGCCUGUGGGUGCUAUAGGACCUGCUCCCAUAGCUGGUGCUCCAGUAGUCACUGCUGCUAGCUCACAAUACUUUCAAAGGACCUUCAACCGUUUGAUUGUACCUCAAGUGGUAGCUCCCGUUGCACCCGUAGCUCAUGUUCCUGCCGUAGCUCCCGUAGCUCAUGUUGCUCCCGUGGCACCUCCACCUCUACAGCCAGUGAUUCCAGUUGCACCUGCACCAACAGUAUUUGUGCAACCUACACAAGAAGUUCCUGUCCCUGUGAACCCACAACCGACGCAACCAGCUCCAGUAAACCCCAAUGUAGCAAUAGCGGUUGCCACCGCCCACGCUGCCGCACCCGUCGCAACCAUAUUGCUACCGCCCUAUCCGUUCGGAUUUCCACCGAAUUUUGGCUUUAUCCCUCAAGAACAGCCAACUAGUGCACCUGAUGAGAAUAAGAAGGAACCGACAACUCCUCAGUCCACAACACAAACCGAGGCAACAACAACACCGGAGCCCGAACAAACUACACCUCUGACAUCGAGCAGCGAUGAUAAUUUUGUGCAACAAGCACUACCCUCCAAUGAAGACGUGAACUUCAAUCAGUAUGGAGUACCUUCAUCUCCAGAAAGCACUCAGUUCCCACCUAAUCAACAAUUUCCACCAAAUCAACCGCGUCCUCAGUUCCAACCGCAGCCUCGACCACAAUUCCAGCCACAACAACCUCAAGGCCAGUUUCCACAGCAGCAAUCAAGGCCACAAUUUCAGCCGCAGCAACCACAAGGACAGUUUCCGCAGCAGCGUCCACAAGGACAGUUCCCGCAGCAGCAACCACGUCCUCAAUUCCAGCCACAACAACCACAGUUCCCACAACAGAGACCUCAGGGACAGUUCCCACCACAGUUCCCGCAACAGAGGCCUCAGGGACAAUUCCCCCCUCAACAACCACACCCGCAAUAUCAACCAUUGCCACAGCCUCAGCAACCACGGCCACAAUUUAACCAUUUACCACAACCACAGCAACCUCACCCACAAUACCAGCCCCAGGCACCACAGCAUCCCCGUCCCGUGUACCAAGCACCUCAACAACCCUGGCCGCAGCAUAAAGCUAGGCCUCAAAAGCUGAAAACUUCAGUAGAAAUCGUUAAAGUUCCGUUGGCUUACGUCAGCCCUCCACCACUGCACCACACCCAUGCACACGUGAAAGUUGUGAAGCACAUCUAUUCCUAUGUACCGGCAUCGAGUGCUAAAAUCAUCGUGAGACCUGUGAGUGCAGUGAAGCGACCUGUUCGUGUGGUAAAGAUAAAGAAACUUCGUUCCCAGAAUCUGCGUGCUAAUGCUAGAGACAUCGAAGUCGCUACAUCAAGCCCGUUCCCUCGGCCCAACACCAAGCCACCUAGAGUAUAAUAAUAUUAAUUAGUCAAUUUCUACACUUGUUAAUAAAACUGCACUAUGUAAAUAAUUAUGGUUAUGAGUGAAAGAAUAUAGAUCUAUAUUUAUACUUUUGUA